CAUUGUUCACGAUAUUUCGACCACGGGACAGCUGUUUCCAAUGCAGCCUCAGACAACUAUUGAUCCGCCUACAAUGAAGAACUGCAGUAUUUUGCUGAUAAUGGUACUGACCAUAUCUUCGUCGGUCAAAGGCUGUGCUUUUCCUGCCCAGUUGAGCGGAACAUGGACAGACAAACACACGGGAAAGGACGUGAUUAUCAAUAGUCUCCAUGUAAAUGGAUGGACAGUUCACCUUUAUAAUUACAGAGCGUCAGACUGGAAAUGCGCGUUUGAAGAUAGCGAACAAAAUCAUCUCUUGUUACGGCUGAAAGAGGAUCUGGAGAUCUUCGGUAUGAAAAUCGCUGUAUUUCGUUGCAUCCAAUGGAAGAAAUUGGACAAUUGCUCAUAUGAAAUUACAUUUGUCAACAAAAAGGAACUGGGGGCCCGGAACGACCGUGUGCUGGCGGUAUUUAAGCAGUAUGUGCUUCAAAAGAACCUGACGAGAUACUGUAGUCCCUCCUCUGAUGCAAAAGUCCACAAAAUAACUAAACAAGGUUGUAAAGGGGCUUGAAAAAAUGACACAAUUCCAAUGCUCAUAUGUAUAUAUAUACAGAUUGCAUUAAAGAAAGGUUAGAGAUAAUGAUA